CUCUCACUGAAUGUUACUCAUGGCUGUUUGUUGCUGAGCAGCAGCCAGUUGUGUUUUUCCUCUCUGGGCUCACACUCGCUCUCAUCCGCUGCUCUCUGCAGAUACACCAGGCUCCAUCUCCCUUUCUUUCAGAGUAUCCUCUUUAAGUUUCUUUCUUUCUCUCUUCUUUUUUUUUUAAAUUCCAAACAUCAUUCUGGAACAUUAGUGGAAUAUUCGACUCGUGCGGUUGUGUGUGAGUGUGUCUGUGCUGAGGGUUUUCAGCAUGGAAGCCGUGGCACUGUAUACGUUUCGUGCCACCGAGGGUGAUGAACUCAGUUUCAACAAAGGAGACUUAUUAAAGAUAACCAACAUGGAAGACGACCCCAACUGGUACACAGCUGAGCUCCACAACAGAAAAGGCUUUGUGCCCAAAAACUAUAUUAACCUGCGGCCACAUGCGUGGUUCGCGGGGCGCAUAUCUCGUGGUGUGGCUGAAAGUCGACUGAGACAGAGGGAAUGCGGAGCAUUUUUGGUCCGAGAGAGUGAGAGUGCUCCUGGGGAGUUUUCUAUGUCGGUCAGUUAUGGGGACCAUGUCCAACACUUCAAGGUGCUGCAAGAUCGCUGCAGUCAGUACUACGUGUGGGACGAGCUCUUCUCCUCCCUGAACGAGCUUGUGGACUUCUACCAUAGCAACAGCAUCGCUAAGGAGCGGACCGUCUUUCUGCGAGACCCCGAACAUUUUGCAAGACGUCCUCACCACGCCCACGCUCUCUUCGACUUCAACCCUCACCACCCCUCACAGCUACGUUUCCUGCGGGGUGACGUCAUCGAGCUCAUUGACUGCUCCGACUCACUGCGCUGGAGGGGCCGUUGCCACGGACACGUGGGCUACUUCCCCCCGGAGUAUGUCCAGCCUGUUUACCACUGCCAGUGAGCCCACACACAUAAGUGGGCCUCCUCAUCCGGAUCACUUCCACCGCUACACUGGUUUUGGCGACCAGUCAUCUUUGGUGCAGAUGGCAUGCCAAUAGAGGAGUGAUGCAAUCAUUAACAAGCCUCCUGUUUAUCACAUCCUGAGCUAAACCUCUGCCCAAUCAGCUUUGAAAAGCACAGCAUCAACCCUAUCCCACAAUCUUCAGACAUAUAGAAAUAUUACAACAGGGGCACUAUUCAUGGUGGAACACUCACAAAUACACGGAGCCCUAAUAAUAAUUGGUGGAGGAAAAACAAAAUGAAGAUGCCAUAUGAAUGUUGUUAAAGGAACCUGUAUUGUCAAAUUGAGAGACAGAAGUGUCAUUGUGUUUUG